GCGGAGAAUAAUGUGUCAUAUGUGACUAUGAUUUUGGCACGUCCCUGCCCGAAGAGGCCCUGAAGAGAGAAUUAGGGUUUUGAGCAAUGAGGCGCUCUCUACUUUUGAAAGCUACAAAAUGUCGUCUCGUCUUCUUCAAUUGAGUUCCCAUGGAGGUAGAAAUGCGCUUGUAGCCUUACGAAAGAAUAAAUUGUACGGCAACAUCACCUCUUUGCUGAAACGCAAUGAAGCAACCAUAAGCUACAAUGACAAGGUAAACCCGUCUCCGCUGCGGCAGGCAACCAAAUGCUAGAUCUUCUUAUUUCUUGCGAACAGUUCGGACGAGAUCUACCUACCAUUGUUCAGGAAUAUUCGAAAGCGUCUACUGGCCUUUGUAAAAUUACAACACUCCCCAACGGCAUCCGUGUAGCUUCGGAAAAUACUCCCGGUCAUUUUGGCGCUGUCGGUGUAUACGUGGAUGCCGGUAGUCGGUACGAGACCGAGCAUACCCGGGGUGUGAGUCAUAUUCUCGAUCGUCUUGCUUUCAAGAGCACGGCAAAUAAAAAUGCCGACGAAGUGGUGGCCGAGCUGGAAUCUUUGGGUGGCAAUAUUAUGUGUUCGUCUUCGCGCGAAUCGAUCAUGUACCAGUCCGCCAUUUUUUCGCAAGAUUUGAAUCGGGUGCUAGGAUUGUUUUCUGACGUUAUCUGUCGUCCCAACAUUGAACCCCUGGAAGUCGAGGAACAACGUCAAACCGCGCUGUAUGAAAUUGAAGAUAUCUGGUCAAAGCCGGAAAUGGUGCUUCCCGAAAUCCUUCACACCGUUGCUUACGAAGGCAAUACAUUAGGCAAUCCAUUGCUUUGUCCUCCUGAAAAUCUCGCCAUGAUGACGCCGGAAUUAAUCAAAUCAUAUAUGAAGACGUGGUAUCGCCCGGAACGUAUGGUCAUUGCGGCUUGUGGUGCUGAGCAUGAUCAAGUGGUGGAAUUGGCGAUUAAACAUUUCGGUCAAGUACCCAAAUCAGAGGAAGAUCUUGAUUCGGUUAAAACUCACGCCAAGGCCUUGGAACGACAAGCCAGCGAAAAAGCGGGAAAUAACAAAUCGUCGUUGGUGAAAUCCCUGUUUGGAGCCUCGACUGCUUCGUCCGCUGAACCUACAGCGUACGACUUGGCAACCCGACCUUCUCAUUAUACUGGCGGCACGCAUUUCAUGGACGGUGGACGUGAAUCUCCUCUGAACCAUGUGUAUAUCGCGUUUGAAGGUUUAUCGAUCAACGAUGACGACAUCUACGCCCUAGCUACGCUGCAGAUUUUAUUAGGCGGUGGCGGAUCCUUCUCGGCGGGCGGUCCUGGCAAGGGCAUGUACUCUCGAUUAUUCACCCAUGUCUUAAAUCAGCAUUACUGGGUUGAAUCAUGUCAGGCGUUCAAUCAUUGCUACACAGAUUCUGGUCUUUUUGGUAUCUCUGGAUCAUGUCCACCUGAAUACACCAACGCUCUUGUCGAAGUCAUUUGCCGCGAGUUGGAUUUGGUCUCCCGUAACGACGUUGGCCCUCAUUUGUCGGUGUCCGACGUGGAGCUGAAACGUGCAAAGAACCAGCUCAAGAGCUCGCUGUUGAUGAACCUGGAAAGUCGUAUGGUACAACUGGAAGAUUUGGGUCGACAGGUUCAGGUGCACGGCAAGAAGACGGGCAUUGAUGAAAUGUUAAAUCAUAUUGAUCGCGUGGAUCUGGCGGAACUGCAACGAGUAGCCAGCCGUAUCGUUCGUGGUGCAGUUAGUGUUUCAAGUGGUGGCAGUGGCAAAGCAUCGGUGGUGAUUCAGGGCGAUUUGCGUGGCUUAAAGGAUGUCAACAAGGUUAUUGAGAAGUACGGUCUCGGCAGCGGCCAAUAAAAUAGAUAACAAAAAGAUAAAAAAAGUUGAUACACUAGAAAUCAAUCGCAUGGAAAGAAAAGAAAAAAGAAUUGUAGAUCAUCCUUGUAUUCCCUCGUUUAUCUUUUCUUUUUAUUGUUGUCUUUUCAAAUACAUGGAUCUGUUAUACA